CUGUGCUUAUAUGAGGAUGAGAGCAUUAGUUUUCCUAUGGGGUGAAGUAAUAUAUCUCUGUAGUGAUAAUACAUGUGAUAAAAGUGAUAGUGACUAGACGUGACUAAUAAUUAACCAGAGAGAGAGGCAGAGAGGUUUACAUGCCAUGUGUGAUCCGAACGACUCGUGACUUUUGUUGUUGACCGCUUGGCUGGGCUGUUGUUGGCUGUUGGCGGCGGUGAUAGCAUUAACGUUAGCAGCACGCUGCCGACAAGGACAUGAAUGAGUCGGACACUUUCUACUAGCUCUCUUCAGGACGUCAAGAUGUCCGCAUGAGGAUAGCAGGCCGAUUUUGUUUUGAAAUGUAAACGUUAUGUGAAAGGAGACACCGAAAGACAUCGUGGAAAGAUGAGUUUGGACCAGGGAGAUUUCUCGCCACUCAAGCACUUUGUGCUGGCCAAGAAGAGGAUCGGCGACGUGUUCGAGCAGCUGCAGUGCUAUGUCCAGGAGACCGCCGAGUUUGUGGAAGAUACGUGUAAGAAUGGCUCUCUGGAGCAGAUCUCCAGCCGAGACCAGCUGGAUCAGAUCCAGGCGUACACCAGUAAGCUCAGCAUCAUCAAGGAGGUGUUGGCCCGCCGACACAUGAAGGUGGCCUUCUUUGGAAGGACGAGUAACGGUAAGAGCUCGGUGAUUAACGCCAUGCUGCGGGACCGUGUGCUGCCCAGUGGCAUCGGCCACACCACCAACUGCUUCCUCAGUGUGGAGGGCACUGAUGAGGACAAGGCCUACCUCAAGACCGAGGGCUCGGAGGAGGAGAAGAGCAUUAAGACGGUGAACCAGCUGGCCCAUGCGCUGCACAUGGACGAGAGCCUGGACGCCGGCUGCCUGGUGCGUGUCUUCUGGCCCAAGACCAAGUGCGCCCUCCUGAGGGACGACCUGGUGCUGGUGGACAGCCCUGGGACUGACGUCACCACACAGCUGGACAGCUGGAUCGACAAGUUCUGCUUGGACGCCGAUGUGUUUGUGCUGGUGGCCAACUCCGAGUCUACUCUCAUGAACACGGAGAAGCAUUUCUUCCACAAAGUAAAUGAGCGCCUGUCCAAACCCAACAUUUUCAUCCUCAACAACCGCUGGGACGCCUCCGCCUCCGAACCAGAGUACAUGGACGAGGUGCGUAAGCAGCACACAGACAGGUGUGUGAACUUCCUGGUGGAGGAGCUGAAAGUGGUGGAUCGUGAGCAGGCGCCCAACAGGAUCUUUUUCGUGUCGGCCAAGGAGGUGCUGAACUCCCGCAUGCAGAAGGCCCAGGGUAUGCCAGAGACGGGUGGAGCACUUGCUGAGGGCUUCCAGGACCGGCUCAAAGAGUUCCAGUGUUUCGAGAGACGCUUUGAGGAGUGUAUCUCGCAGUCAGCAGUGAAGACUAAGUUUGAGCAGCACACCAUUCGGGCGCGGCAGAUCACCGCCAACGUUAAAGAGGUCAUGGACGCCAUCAAUAUUAACGCCGCCGAGAAGAGAGUGGCGUCCAUGGAGGAUCGUGAGUAUCUGAUGGACAGGCUGGAGUUUGUGAAGAACCAGCUGAAUCUGCUCAUAGAAGAGAUCAAGAAGAGAAUCAAGGCCAUCACAGAGGAGGUGGAACAGAAGGUUUCCAACGCCAUGGCUGAAGAGAUCUGUCGCCUGUCGGUGCUUGUUGAAGAGUUCCACUCAGACUUCCACCCCUCUCCACACGUACUCAAGAUGUACAAAAACGAGCUGCUAACACACAUUGAGGAGGGCAUGGGGAAGAAUCUGGCGUUCCGCUGCACUGAUGCCGUCAACGUCUCCAUGCAGACCUCACAGAAAGACAUGUUCGACCUGAUGCAGCCCCUGCUGCCCCCUGCGGUCCAGUCCCAGAUCCACAUGCUGGUCCCGUGCCGCAAGUUUGACCUGAGCUACGACCUGAACUGCGCCACACUCUGCUCCGACUUCCAGGAGGACAUCGAGUUCAAGUUCUCCCUCGGCUGGACCGCCCUGGUCACCCGCUUCCUGGGCCCAACGCACGCCAAACACGCACUCAUGCUGGUCGACAAGCAGGUGCAGCAGGUGGCGCGUCCCCUGGCCACUACCCCGUCUGCACCGGCACUGGCUCCCCAGCAGGAGGCGUCGACGAGUCAGGAGGAGCUGAUGCUGAGCAUGGUCAACAACCUGGCCUCAGUCACGUCCCGCACAUCUAUGAGCGUCCUAGUGGUGGGGGGAGUGGUGUGGAGGACGAUAGGAUGGCGCCUGAUAGGUCUCUCUAUGAGCCUGUACGGCCUUCUCUUCCUGUAUGAAAAACUCACCUGGACAACCAAAGCGAAGGAGCGCACUCUCAAGAGGCAGUUUGUGGACUACGCCACCGAGAAACUCCAGCUGAUCGUCAGCUUCACCAGUGCCAACUGCAGCCACCAGGUCCAACAGGAGAUGGCCACCACAUUCGCACGUCUUUGCCAGCAGGUGGACCUGACACAGAAGGAGCUGGAGGGGGAGAUCAGCCGGCUCUCGGACAAGAUCCAGCAGCUGGAGACGGUCCAGAACCGCUCCAAGACACUCAGGCAUAAGGCGACGGAGCUGGAGUGUCAGCUAGAGAGCUUCACCUCUCAGUACCUGCAGCCCCAUCAGGCCUAAAGGGGGGGGGGGGCACAUUGACCCCCCCAGACUGACCCUAAGGGACGGCAGGGCACAUAGUUGACCCCCGUGGACUGACCCUUCCGGGUCAGAGGUCACUCGUCUGACUGCUGCCGCUCCAAGGAGCACCUGCCCAGAACACCCUCACGGAACUCCCAACUCAAUUUUCCCUCUGGAAGAGUGUGUGUGUGCAAGUGUGUGUCAGGAUUGAAUUUGUGUUAUGAGUGUAUAAAUGCAAGUAAGUAAAGUGUGUGCGUGUGUGCACUAAUGCAAAUGAGUAAAUGGCGUGUGUGUGCGCGUGUGUGUGUGCGCGUGCGCACUAAUGCAAGUGAGUAAAUGGUGUGUGUGUGUGUGUGUUUGUGCGCAUGCGUUUGUGUGUAUGUGCUGAUGAACUCACAUUUUCAGUGAAAAAGCCUACAGCAUCAGCAUGAAGAUGUGGUGGAGCUGUGGAUGGUGCCACCUACUGUGGCCUUUUCUAAUGAAAGAACUCGCAUACAACUUUCUGCUCAACACUACCCGUGUGUGUGUGUGUGUGUGUGUGUGUGUGUGUGUGUGUGACAAUGAAGGAACAAAAGAAGUCCCCCUCCUGAUAGGAAACACUGAAUUGCAACAGGUUGCCUGGCGACCAGGUGCUCUUGGAGAUGAAUUUGACUGUAGAUCUUCCUCCUCGUGUGUGACGUUUAUUUUUCUGUUUGUGAGUGAAUCUGGCACGUCCACAGACACGCCUGAGUGUGUGUGUGUGUGUCUGUAGAUAGGCCUUUGGUUUCCACAGAGGUUUUGUAAUCAUCAGUAGAUAUUUCUACUCCCCAAUCUCGUACUCCGAGUGUCUCCUUUGCUGAAAUGUUACUGGGUUUGUCUCGACUGAUUUUCUGAGAACCCAAUAAAAUAUUAUCACAGGA